GCGAAAUUGCCACAGGGGGCCACUGCCCUGUGACGCCGAGUGUAUGAUUCAGCUUAUAUGAGACCUGAGCCGUAUCUUCUGCCACUGUCGCGGUGUUGGUUGUCCCAUGUCGGCUUUUUCUGUACAUCCAUCUCCCAAUACUGUUGUUGCUCAGCUUAGGUCGUGACUAGCGACUUUACGUUUACCAAAAGUUCUAUCUUCACCACAGCAGCAAGUGGCUAUCUGACUUUUUGCCAGUCAUGGAGUCUGGCGAGUCGACAGAAGAGACACAACUCCGGCGGGAGGAGACAAAAGGCUCGUACAGCUUUGACGACCAGAGAGGCUGGCGUCGCUGGCGAGUCCUCCAACCAGGCCGCGGCAUGUACUACGAUGUCAAGCGUCGACUACCUUAUUACCUCUCCGACAUCACAGACGCUUUCACCUACAGAACCAUUGCCAGCACGAUUCGGAUGUACUUUGUCAACCUCCUUCCCGCUAUAGCCUACACGCUCGAUAUGUACCGCCGUACAGGCGAGUUCUUCGGCAUCAACGAGGCACUUUUUGCAUCAGCACUUGCCGCCAUUGUGUUUAGCUUGCUCGGCGCCCAGCCCCUCACCAUCGUCGGUGUGACUGGUCUCAUCUCGCUCUUCAACUUUACAAUCUACGACAUCAUUGCCGAGUACGAUGUCACAAUCUAUCCUCAAUUCAUGGCGUGGACGGGCAUCUGGGCGGCCAUCUUCCACUGGCUUGUCUCGGUCUUGAAUGCGUGCGAUUACAUGCGAUACGUCACGGACUUUUCGAGCGAGUCGUUUGGGAUGUAUGUCGGAAUCAUCUAUAUCAUCAAGGGGGUAGAAGAGCUCGUCAAUGAGUUCACAGAAGAAGGUGCUGCUGCUGGCUAUCUGGCCUGCAUCAUUGCUAUCCUGUACUUCGGCUCCGUCUAUGGCCUUGAGAAGCUCGGCUCGGGCACCGCAUGGAACCCCACCCUCCGUGGCUUCCUGGCUGAUUAUGCCUAUGUAUUCACCACACUGUUCUGGGUUGGCUUUUCUCACAUCCCAGGGACUCUCAAGUCAACGCAUGUGACUAGAGUGCCCGUCACCGCCGCGUUCUACCCCACUCAGUCGCGAAGCUGGCUCAUUGACUUCUGGAAUUUGGACGUCAAAUGGGUGUUUGUGGCUUUGCCAUUUGGGUUUCUGGUGAUGCUGCUGUUUUAUUAUGAUCAUAAUGUCAGCAGCAUCACAGCACAGGCUCGUCACUAUCCUCUGAAGAAGCCCGGUGGCUUCCAUUGGGACUUUUUCCUGCUCGGGUGCACGACCUUUGUCGCCGGCAUUCUGGGUCUGCCGAUGCCCAACGGUCUCGUGCCGCAGGCACCCGUGCACACGGACUCUCUCACAGUCUACAAGACAGAUCUCCGCAUCAUUCCGACCUCCCGAGCCUCAGACGGUGUAGAGGCGGGAGAAAUCCGACGACCUAUCGUGCGCGCCGAGGCCGUCGUCGAGCAGCGCGUCACGCACUUCCUCAUGGGCCUGCUACUCAUCGGCACCAUGACCGGUCCACUCUUGACAGUGCUUCAUACAAUGCCUGCGGCGGUCUUUGCCGGCGUGUUCUUUGUCGUUGGUUGGGGAUCAAUCGAGUCAAACGGCAUUCUCCAGAAAUUCCUCUUCCUCAACGCCGAGGAGCGCUUCAUCCAACGUGACGAGCCCCUCCUGCGCGUCCCGCGGCGCAAGAUCAGCCUGUACAUCUCCCUGCAGAUGUUUGGCGUGCUCGCCUGCGUCGCCGUCUCGCACACCAUCGCGGCAAUCGGGUUCCCCGUGCUCAUCCUCCUCCUCAUGCCCCUGCGGAUCCUGCUCAUGCCGCGGUGGUUCACGCUGAGGGAGUUGCAGGUCAUGGACGACUUCACGGCGGACAGCAAGGUCGUGCUGGAGAGCCUCGGCGGGAAGCCGGUGCUGCCCGAGCACAGGAGGCUGAACGAGGAUGACUGGGGCUUGGAGAGGAAGAGGAGCGAGCAGCAGCGCGGGGUGCCGAGGCAGCGGGCCGGCAGCUUGCACCGUUGAGAUUGCGUUUGAAGGGAGGCUGGCAGAAGAAUUUGAUUGUUGGAAACGGGGAGCACGAUGUACAUCUGUGGUUCGCACCUUCUCGACGACUUGACUUGGAAUACAUAGAAUGCUCAUAGAGAAAGUCGAGUGUCAUGACUAUUUCAUAGUAUUUGUCAUUGCACUUGUCAAAUUAUCCACAGUCUCAUACAACG